GUGGGAGUUGAAGGGAAGUCUCCAUGGAAACCAGCCUCCCAGGAAGUGGCCAGAGGGGCUAGUGUGUGGUGAAGCAGACCCACAAAGAUGUCAGGAAGGAAACAACUGCUUUGUGAAGCAGGGGUGGGUAAACUUUUGAAAUACUUUGAUUAAAACAACCUACACUGAAGGCCCCACACCACUUCCUUCUUGGUCUUUCAUGUAAAAUGGGCCUGAGCCCCUCGAAGGCUCACCCCAGAGUGACCAAAGUAGCCCCUUUGCAAAACAAAGAGGAAGAAACGCCUUCGACUGCACCUGUGGACUUAGCAUUCCAUCAGAACCUGGACGAGAAGAGUGCAGAUUCCUUGGCGAGACGGCAGGACCGGAACCCAGCUUUGGAUGGGCCGCUGCCACCGCUGCGAGAGACCUGGUAUGGGAGGUACUCUGCAGUGCCCAGGGCCCUGUAUUUUGACAUCCCACUGGAACGGACAGAAACAAGUAUUAUUAAAAGGCAUCCACCCCGAAGACUUCAAAAGCUUGAACCCAUUGACCUGCCACAAGUAAUUACUUCCGAAAGGAUCCUGAACCAGCAAGAAGCCAGGACAACUCACAAAGCCAAGCAGGGAUUGGAAAAAAAGAUGCAAAUUCCAAUGUAUACUUCUGGGAAAAGACAAUAUUUACAUAAGAUGCAAAUGCUGGAAAUGAACCGUAAAAGACAAGAGACCCAAGUGGAGUUGGAGAAAAGUCUGCACAGGGAGGCAAGGAUUCAUAAGGAGAGACCGAGGGAACAUAAAGCCAAGAAAACCCUUCACAGCAUCCCAAGAAAUGAGGACGGUGACUUUUUAACCUUGUUGCCCGAUGAAACCUUCAACCCAAGUGCAGGAAAUCUACAGAAUGCGGAAUUUUUAGAGCAUCAAGCAGGGAGUGAUGACUGUCCCCGGAAAUUCAGUAAAACAGAGACGCAGCCCCGAGAACAAGAUGCCCAGGCACAGCUUCUCUGGGACAGUUCCAGCUCCGACUCAGAGGAGCUGGGGACUGUCAGGAAGAAACCACAAGCCCUGGUGAGGACCAGGACAGAGAGAAUUGCAGUUUUUGAUGAGUUUUUUGAUUGAGAAUAAGAAUGCUCUUCACUAAUCAAGAUACUCAGUGCACUGAAUGCUUACUAUCCUGUAACAACUCUUCAAAUUAGUAAAUGAAUUAUUCUGAGGAAACCAA